AUGUUAGAUCAAGUCGAAGCAGGUAUUUUUAUUCAGUAUUUGAAAAUAAAUAUUCUUCAAGCUAUUCAAUAUAUAAUAAAGGGUUGGAAAGAAGUUUCGGUUGAGACUAUCCGUAACUGUUGGCACUAUACAAAAAUUCUUCUGGAUACCAUCGACCCCGAGGUUCGUGAAUUAUCUGAUGAGGUUUGUAGAACCAAUGAUUCAAGCCUUGAUGAACUUGUUAAUGCACUUAAUAAUACGCACCAUCUUUCUAAUUCGAUGAAAGUUAAUGAAUUCCUUACAAUAAGUGAGAAGAAUCUUGUUAAUGAGAUUCCUCCGGAUGACCAGAUUAUUAAAGAGUUUGCAUAUACAUUCAGAAAAGAUGAGGAAGCUGAAAAUAUAGAUGAUGAAGGCAUUGAUAUCAUAGAUGAUGAAAGGGAUGAUAGUGUUGAAAUUGCAAUUGUUAGUAGUAGUUCUGCAUUAAGUAAUCUAGAAAAUGUUCGAAUUUUUUUGCUUCAGCAAGAGGGCUCAAACGA